AUGUCUUUUUUCAACACUCUUAGUCGUGGUUUUGGUAGAUCAUCUAAAAAGUCCAGUAAAACCACCACCACCACUGGAACUUCUUCUUCCUCCCAACAACAACAACAACCUCCUGCAGCCACUCAAACCUCCCAAAAUCAUCAACAACAACAACAACAACAACAACAACAACAACAACCAACUGCUACUUCUGCUGUUAAAAGUAUUCAUACUUACAAUCAACAACCACAGCAGAACCAGUCUCCUUCUUCUGCAACACCAGCAACAACAACAACUUCUUCUUCUUCUUCUUUAUCAACAUCAACAACUCCUCAAGCAUCUGCUUAUAACUUGACAAAUUCAAGUACUCAAAAUCUGUCGGUCGCUCAGUCGGCCUCCAGUUCCGGAUCUCGUCUACAACAACAACAACAACAACAACAACAACAACAAAUCACUCCCCCUGUACCCCUGGCACAGCCAGUACAAAAACCCCUUUUUUCCAUGGGGAAUUCCAGCUCUCAUAGUCUUUUGCAGUCAUCUGCAACAACAACAACAACUUCUUCUUCUUCUCAGCUACCUUCGGCAAGCUCAUCAAGUCUUCUCAAUAAGCAACAGCAGCAGCAGCAGCAGCAGCAGCAGCAGCAACUGCAAAUGCAACAGAAGCAACUGCAACAGAAGCAACAACAACUGCAUCAGCAACAACUGCAACAAAAGCAAUCUGCAUUAUCUUCAUCUUCAUCGUCCUUAUCAAAACAAGGCAACAAUAACACCACCACACAAAACAACUUCACCCCUAACCAGGCACAAAUACCAUCCACAAUAAAUAAUAAUAAUAAUAAUAAUAAUAAUAACACCACCUCAACAACAACAACAACAACAUCUUCAAUAACUGCAACUGCAACUGCAACUGCAACAUCAACAACAUCUCCUACCUCUUCCUUUUCUUCACCUUCUACCACAACUUCUUCUUCUACUGCAGUCGCACCCGUCAUGAAACCACUGUUUCUUUGUCAACCAUUUGUUCGUACUGCUCUUGUUCGUGGUUCUUUUCAAACACUUGUCCAAGUCCCACGUUAUGUUGAUCAAAAUGAAUGGCUAGUUCUUAAUGUUUUUGAAUUCUAUCAAUAUCUUAACCUCUUUUAUGGUGCCAUUGCAGAGUUUGUUACUCCUCAAACUUGUCCAACUAUGAAUGCAGGACCUGGUAUUGAUUAUACUUGGAUUGAUUCAAAUAAAAAACAAGUCCAUCUCCCUGCAAAUACUUAUAUUGACCUUGUUCUUACUUGGAUCUCAAACAAAUUUGAUGAUACUACUCUCUUCCCUACCAAACAAGGUGUUCCCUUCCCUCCUCAUUUCCUUGGAGUUCUCAAGAGUAUCUAUCGUCAAAUGUUUAGAAUCUUUGCCCAUAUCUAUCAUAAUCAUUUUGAUAAAUUUGUUCAUCUUUCAAUGGAAGCUCACUGGAAUUCCUUCUUUGCUCAUUUUAUCUCCUUUGGUAAGGAAUUUGAUCUUCUUGAUAAAAAGGAAAUGGAACCUCUCCUCCCCCUUAUCGAAGCCAUGGAGGCCCAGGGGAAAAUCAUGAUGAUUGAUCAUAAGAGCAAUUCAAAUUCCAAUUAUGGAAACUCCCUUAGUCCCAACAGUGCCAUUGCUGCCAAUUAA